AUGGAUACAUACCUCCCAGAAGAUGAUAAGAAUGAUGGCCCAGGACCGGAUGUAUCCAACCUGUUCCCCCCACCUGCAAAGCGAAUCAGCACCGGGCAACUGGGUCGCAAUGGCAUCAUAAUGGUUCCCAUCGCCAAUCGAUUUCAGUCUAGAUGCCGCCGAUCGCACACCGGACUGGAGAAGAUACCUAAUUGA